AUGUGUACUAAUACAUGGAUCAAAAUGGUAGAACUACUCCACAAAUAUUCGCUAAUACCGUCUAAUAUAUUAAAUAAAUACUUUCGUUCACUUCAUAGUUGUGAAGCACCGGGUGCCCUUAUCUGUGCUACGAAUCAUAAACUCCGUCAACUCUAUGAUAAUAGUGGAAAUAUUUUAAACAAAGGGAACAUUUGUGGUCUCUGGAAACAGGCCAAAGCUGCUUUAGUUACAACUGAUGGUUCGGUCGAUACUUCAAGUGAUCCAAACGAACAGGGAUCAAUUGUCAGUGAACUUCGUUAUGCAGAAGCAGUUACUGCACUGGGUGCUUCUGAAAAAGGUGGCGCAUUAGUAUUGAAAAUGUGA